CAGGAAACCACGAUGACGGCAGAGGAUCUGUUAAACACUCUGGAUGAUCUAAAAGAAGAUGAAUUUAAGAAAUUCAAAUGGUAUCUGCAGCAGCCAGAGCUCCUGGAAGGCUACCCGAGCAUCAAAGUGUCCAAGCUGGAGACGGCAGACAGGCAGGACACGGUGGACGUGAUGGUGAAGACCUUUCAUCUCCAUGGAGCUCUGAAGGUGACCAAGAAGGUUUUAGAGAAGAUCAACAGGAGGGAUCUGGUCCAGAAUCUGCCAGACCCCGGCUCAGGACCACGAGAGUCAGUGGAUGUCAGUGAUGCUGGAGAGACUUCAGAGAACAGAGGAACCCCCUCCUCUCAGAGCAAAGCUGAAACUCGGAGGGGGGCAGGAAGCCCAGCAGUCAGCGCCCAGGAUGGAGGGGUCGUCUGCUCACCUCACCUUACAGAUGUUCAAGUGGAGGGGAAUGUAACGAUUACUGUCAGCAACACGUACCUCUCGUCUCCUGACAGGACGGAUGGCACCAAAGAAACAGAAGACGGGAUUGUUCCAGUACCAAAGCCACCACGACACAUCUCAUAUUACCAACAACAGCUUCAGCCAAACCUCCAGGAUGAGUUUGGGUGUGCUCAGGAGGGGUGGACCCAGAACAAAGAUGGCCGACCUCUGGAUGACAUCUACACACAUCUGUACAUCAGAGCUACUGGUGACGUCCACAUCAACACACAGCAUGAGGUCAUGCAGCUUGAAGCGGUGAAGCCAGCUGAUACAGAGACAACCAUUACACCUUGUGACAUGUUCAAACACCCCUCUAUAGAAGACAAAGCCAUAAGGACAGUCCUGACCAAUGGAAUCGCAGGAAUUGGAAAAACCUUUCUAGUGAACAAGUUUGUGUUGGACUGGUGUAAAGGAGAAACCAAUCAAGAUGUGCAUCUCAUUUUCCCCUUCACCUUCCGCCAGCUGAAUUUAAAGAAGGAGGACAAGUGGUGUUUGGCAGAGCUCAUUCAUGAAUGUAUCUGGGGGACCAGAGACAUCAAAGAAGAAGCUCUCAAUGACAUCUUUACAGCUCUGCAGUCAUCAGGAAACACCAACUUUGACAGGAGUGAAUUCAAACUUCUGUUUGUUCUGGACGGACUGGAUGAGAGCCGCCUUGAUCUGGACUGCUCCACCAAUAAAAACAGGGCAGUUAAAAUUGAUGUGACAGCGCCGACCUCAGUGGACGAGCUGCUGACGAACCUCAUCACCAAGAAACUGCUUCCCUCUGCUCGCAUCUGGAUAACCACACGACCUGCAGCAGCCAAUCAGAUCCAUUCUGAUUUUGUAGACAUGGUGACAGAGGUCAGAGGGUUCACUGACCCACAGAAGGAGGAGUACUUUAGAAAGAGAUUCACAGAUCAGGAGCGGGCCGACAGAAUCAUCUCCCACAUCAAGACAUCACGGAGCCUCCACAUCAUGUGCCACAUCCCAGUCUUCUGCUGGAUCACUGCUACAGUUCUGGAGGAGGUGAUGAAGACCAGAGAGGGAGGAGAGCUGCCCAAGACCCUGACUGAGAUGUACGCAGAAUUCCUGGUGUAUCAGAUUCAUCAGACAAAAGAGAAGUAUGACCCAGAAGAGUGCAUUCAGUACAUUGAGUCGUUAGCAAAACUGGCUUACCAUCAGUUGGAAAAGGGCAACCUGAUCUUCUACGAGAAAGAUCUCAAAGAGAGUGGCAUUGACGUCAGUGGAGCCUCGGUGUGUUCAGGAGUGUUCACAGAGAUCUUCAAAGAGCAACGUGGGAAGAAGAAUGAGGAAGACCAGAUGUUCAGCUUCAUCCAUCUGAGUGUUCAGGAGUUUCUGGCUGCUCUCCAUGUAGAGAGCGCAGUCAUAAACAGAAACGAGAACGUGAUGUUUGGGCAAUGGAUCUUCAAAAAAGUCUGGGGAUUUUUUGGCAGCACAUCAAUGACUAAGGUCCACAGGUUUGCUAUUGACAAGGCCUUACAGAGUCCAACUGGACACCUGGACCUGUUCCUCCGAUUCCUCCUGGGUCUUUCCCUGGAGACCAAUCACAAACACCUACAAGGUCUGAUAAUACACAGAAGCCCAGAGACCAAUCAGGAUACAGUGGAGUACAUCAAGAAGAAGAUCAGUGAGAAUCUGUCUGCUGAGAGAAGCAUCAAUCUGUUCCACUGUCUGAAUGAACUGAAUGAUGGUUCUCUAGUGGAGGAGAUCCAACAGGCCCUGAGUUCAGGACGUCUCUCCACAGAUGAACUGUCUCCUGCUCAGUGGUCAGCUCUGGUCUUCAUCUUACUGUCAUCAGGAAACGAUCUGGACGUGUUUGACCUGAUGAAAUACUCUGCUUCAGAGGAUGUUCUUCUGAGGCUGCUGCCAGUGGUCAAAGCCUCCAACAAAGCUCUGUUUAGUGGCUGUAACCUGUCAAAGAGAAGUUGUGAAGAUCUGUCCUCAGUUCUCAGCUCAGAGUCCUCUAGUCUGAGAGAGCUGGACCUGAGUAACAACAACCUGCAGGAUUCGGGAGUGAAGCUGGUCUCUGCUGGACUGAAGAGUCCACACUGUAAACUGGAGACACUCAAGCUGAGUGGCUGUAACUUGUCAGAGAGAAGUUGUGAAGGUCUGUCCUCAGUUCUCAGGUCUAAGUCCUCUAGUCUGAGAGAGCUGGACCUGAGUAACAACAACCUGCAGGAUUCAGGAGUGAAGCUGCUCUCUGCUGGACUGGAGAGUCCACACUGUAAACUGGAGACACUCAAGUAAGGAAUAAUA